AUGGCUAAAAGAACAGCUUUAGAAGCAAAUUUGUCGCCUUUAGCAACACAAAGUUCUUCAAAUAUUGAAAUUGACUCCUUAAAUUCUCUUAUAAAUGGUCAAAUUAAUGUUGUUAGGAAAUCACUCGAUACAAUCACUGAUUUCAUGCCUAUUAUUACAACAGAACAGAUGCCUAUCCUUCAAAGUUUAAUUGCAACACUCAGUGAUCAAUUUGAAACGUUGACAACAUCGUUGAAAAAUGGUUUAUCUGGAGGUUCUCGUAUGCGUGUAGAAGGUCAACUUCCCGAAAUUGAAUAUGCUAUGGAAUUUUGCUUUUACACGUCGCUUGUUGAUGAAAAAACAAACAAAGAGGUCAGAUCUGCAGUCAUCUGCAUUCAUCCAUUCUACUUCACAACAUAUGCCCAUUCAUCUAGACUUAAAUAUAAAGAGAAUGUCACCAAAAUUAAAGUUUGUAAGGGCAACAAAGAAUUCAAUACUACAGCAGUCUUCGUUUCACAUGAACAAGAUUUUGUGGUUCUAAAGUCGGAAACAAAAAUUUGUGAUUUCGGACCCCAAAUCUGUGAAAAGAUGUGUUCUGGAAGCAUUUAUCUUUGUGGCGGCUUUACUAAUGAAAUCGACAAACUCAAACCAUGUAGGAAAAAUGGUUGUCUUCAGAGUUCUAAAACUGAGAGGAUUAAAAGUUUGAUUUUUUAUUUAAAGUUAAUACUAAAAUAUUCAGGUGGUGGCGAAUUACGUGGUCCAUACCUUAUUGGCGUUGUUACGGUUUCAAAAGGUGAUUCUGGCUGUGCAGUUUUCUGCACUCAUGGUUUGAAGGGUAUGUCAAUUGGAGGGCUGGACUUUCCCGAUUGUUCAUCUAAAGCGAUCUUCGAAAAUUGUGCAAAAUUCCUGCCUAAGUGCAUGAUCGUGCCAGCGAUUGAUAUUAUGAGUAAAGUUGAUGAGUGCGAAGCAAGUAUUUCGAAGAUUAAGAAAUAG